GAUUUGGGCUGCUAGUAAUGUACAAUGCUGAUACGUGGCGUCUAACUUCACGCAUCUCGAAGCUCGAUUCUCGCUGCUGUAAACUACAUUUGAGCAAAAAUGGAAGACGCAUUACUGAAACAACUUACGGGAGAUGAAACUUUCCUGGAGUUCGUGUCGGAUGACUUCGAUGUGCGUGAUCACACAAAUAGAGUCAUGCAGACGAUGGCAAUAUCUGAUCAACUUGCCAAAAUGGCAGAAGGAAUAAGCCUGUUGGACAAGGAACUACAUGCCCAGGUUGGAGCACAUCAUGAAGACUUGCUCUCUCAGGCUACAGGGAUUGAGACACUAGAUGGCGUCCUGCAGAUGAUGCAGACAAGGAUACAAUCAUUACAAGCAGCAGUAGAAAGGAUUCAAGCAAAGAUUGUUGAGCCAUACAACAAAAUAGUUGCAAGAACGGCACAGCUUAGAAGACUUCAGGAGGCUUGUGAUCUGUUAAGAAGAAUCAUCAGAAUCCUGUACCUGAGCAAGAGACUUCAUGGACAGCUGCAAGGUGGAGCUAGAGAGAUCACUAAAGCUGCUCAGAGCCUCAAUGAACUAGACUACCUCUAUCAUGGAGUUGAUCUGGCAGGGAUAGAGGUUAUAGAACAAGACACUGUCUUCAUCAGGAAGGCUCGUAAGGAUGUGGAGAAACAGGCGCAGAAGAUGCUUCAACAAGGCAUGGAGACACAGAAUCAAACACAAGUGGCCACAUCUCUGCAAGUGUUUCACAACCUUGGGAGCCUGAAGGAUACGGUACAGACCGUUGUCGGUCACUGUGAGAAAGCCUUGAGAAAGAACAUCAAGGAUGCCUUGGAUGUGCAGGUUCUCUCUCAUACUACUAUACCGGCUGGAAGAGGACCUGGAAAAGCAGCCAUGCCUGCUCCCGGAAACACUCCAGCUUUCAGAGCUACUCUAUGGACCAACCUUGAGAAAUUAAUGGAUCAAAUACACGCUGCUUGUGGACAGGUGAAUCAUUUACAGAAAGUUUUAGUCAAGAAACGAGAUCCAGUGACUCAUGUCUGCUUUAUGGAUGAACUCAGAAAGGAUGGCCAUGGGAAUAUAAUGCUCUCAUUUUGGAUGUCCCUUACAAAGCUGAUGAAGGAAGACUUUGGAGAAUUAGCCAAUGCAUCAACUUUCAUUAAGCAAGCCUUUGAAGGGGAGUAUCCUAAACUACUCAGACUCUACAACGACCUGUGGAAGAGGCUAGAGCAGUUUAAUAUCAUUUCCGUAGCGGUAUCAUCGGUCGACUCCCAAGGGGUUUCCCAGUCACCUGUUGUUGAUAUGUAUGUUGGUCUCAAAGUAGAGGAUGAUUACAGCCCAGAGAAGGCAUUGAAGGAGUCCUUGUUCGUCUUUGAGACAGCGUACCUCUCAAGAUCCUUGUCUCGUCUCUUUGAUCCAAUCAACCUGGUCUUCCCGAGUGGAGCUGCCUAUCCUCCCUCAGAGAGCGAGGUGGAGAAUAUCGCCAAGACAAUUCAGAGUGAGCUGAGUGUAGCCAGUGUUGACCCGAACCUGAGCGUACUCGUGGCAAGGAAUGCUUCCAAGACUGUCAAUCUCUACGUCAACAAAUGUGAACAGAUGCUGUGUACCGAUGGAGAUGCCAGCCAGGUGAUAGCGCCCCCUACUGCUGGUCAGGCUAAGAAUGCAGCUGUGGUGAACUCCCUCUAUCAGUUCCACCGUGCCAUCAGUAAAGUCACCCAGGCCCUCGGAUCGUACCCUGAGAAUGCCAUCGCUAUCAUAGAGGGUUCCCUUCAGAAUGUAGUAUCCAUAAUGAGCAAUGCAAUCCAGCCUCUGUUAGCAUCCAUCGCUGACUCUAUUGAAGCCAUCAUCCUCACCAUGCACAGUGAGGACUUUAAAACUGCACCUGUUCCUAAGGAUUCUCCCGAUGCUCCAUGCUCUCUGUACAUGAGAGAGUUACAAGGAUUCAUUGCCAGAGUACAAGCAACUUAUCUCUCUCAAUUCAAUUGCACAGAUUUCAUCAUAGACAGCUUACAUAGCAUAGCAUGUGAAGCCAUUAAACUGUUUGUAAGACAUGCUAGUCUACUGCGACCGCUAGGUGAGGGAGGCAAGCUGAGAUUAGCAGCUGAUUUUGCUCAGAUGGAGCUAGCAAUCACGCCUCUGUGCAGACGACCCUCUGACCUAGGUCGACCUUACAAGCUCCUGAGAGCGUUUAGACCGAUGCUCUUCCAGACACCUGAACACAUCUCAAGCAGCUCGGCCUUGGGAGACAUCAUCCCUUAUUCAACUAUCCUACAAUUCCUGUUUGCUAGAGCACCUUCAGAUCUCAUGUCACCUCACGAGGUUGCUGGGUGGUCUACUUCAAGGUACUCUCAAUGGAUGAGUGAACAUGCAGCAGAGAAAGAGAGACUUGCAUUGAUCAAAGGCACUCUGGAGGCCUACGUUCAGUCUGUAAGACAGAGACAAGGAAAGGAGUUUGCCAGUAUCUAUCCUGUCAUGGUGGAUCUCUUACAAGCUGGACUCAAAGCUGUAGAGAAGAAUGGAUGAUCUACAAACUUUGUCCCGAAGAACGAGACUGUCUGGACCUACACUCCAACCCCCAUGCACACAAUGUGGAUUGUACAAGCAGUGUUUACAUGAGAUUAUCAUGUGCCCAGUAGAAGGGUGUAAACACAUUCUUUUGUUGAAUGUCUGAAUCGCUUAGUUCUUAUUGCUGAAGAGAUUAUACUACUGCUAACAAUUUGGAUGAUGAUGAUGAUUGGCUAGAUGUAGGUCAAGAACAUUCCAAACUUGGUAUUGUGAUUUUCUUGAAGUAUACAUCUAUUGACUGUACAUCUGUUCUAUUGCAGAGCACAAAAAACAUGGUAUUUAGAAAAGUAAGAUUUACAUGAGGUACUCUGAUACUGUGUUACCAACUUUUAGGAGACUCAGUGGAAGAAGGAUGGGGCAAAUCUACAGUAUCUGCAGACACUUGAGAGGCUAGCCACAAUAUCAAGGAUUUUAUUUUGGAAUAGUUUUAUCAAAGAUGUACUCAAUUGAGCAGAGUGCAUGUAGGUGAGGUGUGAUCUACCUUUUAUGCGCAUUAUAUCCACAGGUUUAUAGAGCUCAAAGCUGCAUAUUUCCUUGAAAAACUUUAAUAAGCAUAUCAUGUAUUCAUUUCAAGGAACAUUGAUUGGCAUUGACUCAAAGCUUUUUAUGUUUUAUGAUUUCACUUUUCCAAUCAGCAAUAAAAUUCACUAAACUUUUCACAAAUGUUAUAACCAAUUUGAUUGCCAAACUGUAUCAAGUCUUGUAUUGUUUAUCCAUAUUGUUACUUUAUAGUUAAUUUAUUUAUUACUUGGUAGUAUGUUGCCUGCAUACAUGCAUUUGCCACUGACGUUCAUCAUGUCUCAAAAUCAUUGUUCCAUAGAAAACGUGCAUUUAUUGCAAUUUUGUUUACUGUUUAUCAACAUAUUGCUUAUUUUUCUCAAUAAUGUCUACUCUCUUUCUCAUAAAAGACUUUUACAAUUCAAUAAUAGUUCUCAGAGUUUCUUAUCAAUUCAAAUCGAUUGAUUGGACUUCGCUUUUAUCAAUGUUGUGUAAAAGGGAAAAAUUUGUUAGAAUUUUGCUUGUAAAAACAAACAACAAAUGAUGAAUGAAAAAUGAAAGUUCAAUAGGAUGUAUUUGAUUAAUUCCAAGACACAUUGCAAUCAUGAAUAUUAUCAUUUAUGGAAACCUCUUCCUAAAGACCUGAUAUACAGAUUUUGUCUUUACUUUUUACCAUUCUUUUUUAAAUAUAUUGAUACAGGAAAGGCUUAUAAAGCUUCCAUAAGAAGUGGUGUACAUAUAGAUCUGAAAUUUAUAUUAUAUGAAGAAGACUGAAUAAAAAGAUGUAAAACUAUA